UCCUAUGGCUCCUGGGCCUCUGAGGAUCUGUCAAGCCCCAGAGCUUAGUUGGGGCCGCGCUGCCUCCUUCCCCAGCUCUCGUCUCAUGUUCGUGGGUGAGUGUUUUCACCGAGUCCCAGGGCAGCCGUGGAGGCACCUAUUUUUUAUUUCUUCACUCAGUGACCUUGGUCUGUGUGCUCACUGCCCAGGUGGCCACGCAGGCCCUGCUGGGAGCAGCGGGCCCAGCCUUAUCAGAGUCACGUCCCAGAGGUGUUUACUCACGGCCUCACCCUGGCCCUGAGGCGGGCCUGGCGGUGACUGCCUGUUCUGCAGCCGCAGUCUCAGGCACAUGCUGUGGGGGUGUGGGCACGCAGGCCCGUGUGAGCUUUGGACCGUGAAGCCAGUAACCUUCCUGCAGGGCCGGGCUGGGCCUAUGUCUGCCUCCCCGGGUGGGUGUGCAGCUGCCUGUCCCCGAGGUGAGGUGCCCAGGGUCCUUCCUGCUGGCCUGACUCCUAGGACCAGAACAUGCGAGGACGACGGAGAACACAGAAGACAGAGCGAAACAGACAGCACCGCGUGUCCGUCUGGCUGGCGCCCAUGCGGCUCUACACGCUCUCCAAGCGCCACUUUGUCCUCGUGUUUGUCGUCUUCUUCAUCUGCUUCGGCCUGACCGUCUUCGUUGGGAUCAGAGGACCUAAAGUGAUCCAGACUUCUGCGGCUAAUUUUUCACUAAAUAAUAGCAAAAAGCUAAAGCCAAUUCAAAUACUUUCAAAUCCACUGUCUACAUACAAUCAGCAACUAUGGCUGACAUGUGUUGUUGAGUUGGAUCAAUCAAAAGAAACUUCUAUUAAGACAAGCUUUCCCAUGACUGUUAAAGUUGAUGGUGUAGCUCAAGAUGGAACCACGAUGUACAUUCAUAACAAAGUUCACAACCGGACAAGGACCCUCACAUGUGCAGGGAAAUGUGCAGAGAUUAUUGUGGCUCACCUUGGCUACCUGAAUUACACUCAGUAUACGGUGACAGUGGGAUUUGAACAUCUGAAGCUCCCCAUCAAGGGAAUGAACUUCACAUGGAAGACUUAUAACCCUGCCUUCUCCCAGUUGGAAAUCUGGUUCCGGUUUUUCUUUGUGGUGCUCACCUUCAUCGUCACUUGCCUGUUUGCGCAUUCCCUCCGGAAAUUUUCCAUGAGAGACUGGGGCAUCGAGCAGAAGUGGAUGUCUGUUCUCCUGCCUCUGCUGCUGCUUUACAAUGAUCCGUUCUUCCCCCUCUCCUUCCUGGUCAACAGCUGGCUCCCGGGGAUGCUGGACGACCUUUUUCAGUCCAUGUUCCUGUGCGCCCUGCUGCUCUUCUGGCUGUGCGUGUACCAUGGGAUUCGCGUCCAGGGAGAAAGAAAGUGUUUAACUUUCUAUUUGCCUAAAUUCUUCAUUGUUGGACUAUUGUGGUUGGCUUCUGUUACGCUAGGAAUAUGGCAAACAGUUAACGAAUUACAUGAUCCAAUGUACCAGUACCGAGUUGACACCGGGAAUUUCCAGGGAAUGAAGGUCUUCUUCAUGGUGGUGGCAGCGGUGUACGUCCUGUACCUCUUGUUCUUGAUAGUGCGGGCGUGUUCUGAGCUGCGUCACAUGCCUUAUGUAGAUCUCAGGUUAAAAUUUUUGACCGCGUUGACUUUUGUAGUACUUGUCAUUAGCAUCGUCAUCCUUUAUUUGAGAUUUGGAGCACAAGUACUACAAGACAACUUUGUAGCAGAGCUGUCAACUCACCACCAGAAUUCAGCUGAGUUCUUAUCUUUCUAUGGCCUGUUGAACUUCUAUCUCUACACCUUGGCAUUUGUAUAUUCUCCGUCGAAGAAUGCCCUCUAUGAGUCCCAGCUGAAAGACAAUCCUGCCUUCUCCAUGCUGAAUGAUUCCGAUGAUGAUGUGAUUUAUGGGAGUGACUAUGAAGAAAUGCCGCUGCAGAACGGCCAGGCCAUUCGGGCCAAGUACAAGGAGGAGUCAGACAGUGACUGAGCCCUGGCCAGCCCAGCAAGGCGACAAGGUGCCUGGAUGCUUUCCCCGGUGACUGUCUGCUGACCUUCCCCUGUUAUAUUCAGACUUUUCUUAUAAGCAGAGAUUUCCUGUUCCUCAUUUGUUUACAUAUUUUUUUAAAGGAAAACCAAAACUGAGGGCAAAUUUAAAUGUUUAGCCAAAUUUAUUGUCUUGGUGGCUAUGAGAAGAGAGGCGCUGAUAACAAGUUUCAACAGCCAAAUCCUUUUGUACGAUUUCAGAUGAGAGAGCAUGUUUUCAGUGAUGACGAGGAAAUCACACAUUUUUAGUAGAGUGAAUUACGUACUUUUUUUUUCUGUGAUCAUUCACUGAUUCCAAGUUCAUGGGCCGCCUGUGACUAGGUCCUCAGCGUGACAGCCUCACCCUCUUUCUUCCCUUCUCCCUGGUACUGUUUUUUGGCCCUUUAAACUCAAAGGGAAGCCUUAUCUGUGGCCGCUUCAGGGCAGUCCUUCCUCAUUGAGUGGCCAGUGCCCUGGGGAACCAGGUGGCUGAAGUGAUUGGUCACUUCCAUGGACUGCGUUUGGUGCAGUGUGUGUUGUGACUCAUCAGGGGAAUGGGGGAUGCCUGGGUUCCAACCCUUCACGUCACCAAAGGGGAAGUAAUAGUGUGGAGUUCUGAGGAGGGUUUGAUAAGUUGAAUAAGGAAAGGCUAAGGUAAUUUACAGGUUACCAACUCCCGUGGGGGAAGGUCUUAUUGCCAUGGUGCUUUUCAGGGGUCUGUGUGUACACACAUCACUAAAUGGAUUUCCCUGUGGGUGGUAAAUCGGGCAGGAGAGGAACCCUUAUCAUUCCAAUAAAUGGCAGUUUCUGCAAUUCUGUUGAAUAUGAAAUGCCAGAGAGCCUUAUUUAUUUAUUUAUUUAAAUAAAAGCUAAAUGAGGAAUCAGGCACAGUGGCUCACACCUGUAAUCUCAACACUUUGGGAGGCCAUAGUGGGAGGAUCACUUGAGCCCAGGAGUUUGAGACCAGCUUGGGCAACUUAGGGAGACCCCGUCUCUAUAAAACAUUAAAAAGUUAGCCGGGCAUGCCCGUAGUCCCAGCUACUCAGGAGGCUGAGGUGGGAGGACUGCUUGAGCCCUGGAGGUCGAGGCUGCAGUGAGCCAUGACUGCGCCACUGCACUCUAGCCUGGAUGUCAGAGUGAGAACCCAUGUCAUUCAUAAAUACAUAAAUAAAGCUUCAUGAAAGAUUGAUAGAAUAUUUCAGAUUAGUUAUUGGCAAAAAGUUUUUAAACUCAUAUUUGGAAACAAAAUGAAAAGAAAGUAAAAUGUUUUAAAUGGUUCAUGGAAAACGUAUUUGGGUAGAAGGCAACUCGUGCUUCCGGAAGGGGUUCCCUGUCCUCCAUGCGUCACAUAGCGGUCAGGUAGGGAUGACCUGCUCUGUGAAGUCCUUGGCACCGUUGAAUCUGUGGCAUCAUAGAAGGCCCUGGAGCUUCCCCGUUUCUUUCAGUCAAGGACUCCAUAUAGAAGUGUCGUGUGGAUGUCUCCUAUGCUUUCCUCUUCACCUCUGCAGUCACACAUCUAUUAACAUCCAGUAACUGUGGGCAGCCUGACUAAUGCCGUCUUGGCGAUUGAGGUCCAGAAGAUGAUAGUUCCGCAAUGCCAACAGUACCUACUUUUUUUCUUCAUCUAUGCAUUGACUCUCAGAUGACCAUGCAGAGCUUCAGAUUACCAUCCACGUUAAGUAGUGCUAGGACUUUAGAGAUGUUCAUGAGAAACUAUUUGUUAUGACUUUCCUUUGUAUCUUUCCUUUUAAUUUAAACUUUAGUGAUAAUGUACUUUUAAUAUGGGUUCCAUUCACAUUGUUUUAAAAACCUUGUAAAUAUGAAUGUUUAAGACAACUUACUGCAAGGGUAAUUCAAGUUUACAUGAUUUUUAAAUUUGCAAUGAUGUGGUUUUUUUUUUUCUGUGUAUGGAAAAAAAUUUUCUGUUACCAAAUUUUACAACUUCUAAUAAGACUACUAUAAUUUUAUGUAAACUGAUGAAGACUUGUGCUGAUUAACAUGUUCUGUGAUACAGUUUACAAUUUUUAAUCAUUAUAAAAUAAUUGUCCAUGAUUUGGAAUGCUGUUAUUUAUCAGUAAAUGUAAAAUAUUUGAGGCAUUUAGCCAUACACACACUAGAACUUUUUAAAACUUAUCUUUGUCCUAUAGUGUAAUUAUAAACUGAUGACUAUUAUCUUCAUACAUUGAGUUUUCAUGCAUCAGUGAAAUAAAAAAUAUGGGAUUUAUUUACUUUUUGUAACUAAGUUGGAAAUAAGAAAAAAAUUAGUACUUAAGGGGAAAAUGGUUCUUAUUAAGUCAUGUAUUUUCAACUUGUCUUCCCUGGUAUAUCAUAAAUAUCAACUUAUUACAUACCCCAUGUAAAAUUUUGCUUAAACUCUCUAGCACUUGGCAUGUAGAAUAUGUACCAUAGGUAUCCGGUUAAAACACUAAAGUCCGCCAGAAACUUUUGACAGUAGCAAGAAAAUUGUUGAAGAAAAAAUAAACUAUUUACUGAGGGUAGUUAUGUUAAAGUUUUUGCGAACUUAAAGGGCUGACUUUAGUUCUUUCAUGGUAAUGGCUUGAAUAACAUCAUCUUUGGGAUUUUUUAAAUACUGGUCCAGUCUAGCAGAACCUGGAAGAUGACCAGAGGUAUUUCAGUUUCCCUAGGGAGAGCUUCAUUAUCCAUGUGGAUAAUAAGUCUGCUUGAUUUAUUAUUAAAUCAUUACAGCAGUGAAGUGGUGCCAUUUUCUCUCUCUUAAGCCCCAUUUGAAAGGCUAGAGAAGGGGAUAUAUAUACUAUAUUCAAGGUUUGUGAGGUUGUUACUGUACAUAAUUGCAGAUUGCGGUAAAAGCUUAGAUACAUUAUGUAAACCCAACCCACUAAAUGAGCAGGUUACAAAACAAAUGUCACCAGCCGCAAGUAACGAUUUACUGAGGGUAGUUAUGUUAAAUAGAUUAUAAUGUGGUAAAUUAUUUCCUGAAUCCUUUAUCACAGGAAAAAGAGAUCCUCAUAAAAGGGAUAAUUAAAAGGGAUAUCUCUGAACAUUUAGUGAAGAUGAGACUUAAAACACGAAAGUGUAUUUGUGCAUUUUGAGGGUUUUAGAAACCAGUUGCCUUAGAGGUUAGACUUCUGGGGGGAAAAAAAAAUACAAAUCUUUUCCCCUGGCCAAAGGGAAGUUGUGUGAGUCUGUGACAUCUUGUGAUGCCGUUUAUCUUGGUUUGACAUUGGAGAUAUGCUGGUAACUGUAACACCAUACUAUAAAACAGAAGAAUUUUCUGCUACUGAAACUGCCUUUUUACAAAAUGACUGUAAAUAUUUGUAAAGUAACACUCAACUUUAAGCCCAGGAGAGGGAGAGCCAUGUGUUCAGUUGGGGACCUGUCCUUGGAGCACAGUGCCACCCCAUCACAGUGUUGCUGCCAUCAGGCGAAAGUCAAUGAGCAAAUUCGUGUUUUGCGAAUGGCUUAAUUCUGACACUACCUUUCUGGUAAAUGUUAAUAAAUUUUUAAUAUUCAGUUC